GCGCCUCUUUCUUCCUUUCGUAUUUUUCACGAGUUUUUUCUGGUUUGUGAACAAACAACAACAACAGAAUCAUCUCUUCCACUCCAUUGAUUCGUGAAAAAAAACAAACUCAAACCUCUUCCUCAAUUUCUCUCGCUCUCUCCGAUCCGCUCUCGGUGCUCACUCUCCGAACAACAACUUUUCUCUCGGAGCAACAACAAUGGCAGCUCCCACGCUCUCUCGGUUUCACUCUCGUUUGCUCUCUGCUAGCGGUUUUUUUCUUUCUAUCGCGAGUUCUCUCUGUUGCGAACAACAACAGUUUUUGUUGGGUUCUCGCUCUCGAUUGCUAUCUGUUUUCUUUCUUUCGUGAUAACAGUAACAACAGUUGUGAUUGCUCUCUUAAUUUUAACAAUAACAGUAACUUCCAGCGGCCAUGGAGGAGCUUGAAGAAGUUCACACUGCAAGGGUACUUUAAUCUCUCAACAGAAACAAACACUCGAUUUCAAUGAUUCUCACACGGAAGAACAGCAGGGGACGUGAAAUUCCAGUGCACAACAACAACAGCUCACGCUUUUGGUUUCUCACGAUGGAGGUGAAUGAUUUUCGGCCAUAGGAAGAGAAUCAGAGGAAAUUCCAGAACAACAGCAAAAAUUGAGUGUGAAAGUGGAAGCUACUUACUUGCGGCAAGGAGGUGUUUGCCGGAUUUUGUGUUGAAGUGGCCAUGGGAUCUUACCUCGACGAGAAGAGCUUACCGUAUAACUCGGUUUCUUUCACAAACAGAGAGAAACAUGUUCAUAACAAUAUUGAGAUUAAGAGUGAAAUUGACUUACCUACGGCGAGGAGAGUUUCUCCGGAUUAUCGUUGAGGUAUGUGUUGACUCCUCUAUUGUUACUAACAAUCUUAAAUUGUUACUAACAAUUUCUCUAACAACCUUGCUUGUUGUAGGCUUUUGAUGAAGAUGGCCACCACCUCUUUGGAUAUUAGGGAGACUUGAAGAUGGACUUCAAGUUGGAACUCUCCACCAAGGUAUGAAGAAUUUCUUCUUCACUCCCCUUCAAGAAAC